ACACCUUUGUUAUAUUUAAUGAAAUAUUGGUGAAAUAUAGUUUCCCACUGUCAUGGUAAAUUAAUGAUUUGAAACUGGACACUUUUCCGACUGCAUGUGAAGAGUCGGUUGACGAGCUUAAUGGAUCGGACAAAGAGCAGUUGGCACAGAAAAAACGCUCGGACGAGAACAAAUUAUAAGGGUGUGCAGAUGAGGUGUAUUAAUAGGAAGGCUAGAGUGUCAGAGUUUUUACUCGUGAAGACAGGGGACGUCGUGGCGAGUCGCUGGGAAAGGGCCAUUCUAAUUGCGCAGUGUCAAUAAAAUACAUGCGGUAGUAUUCUAAAUCUUGAAACAUGGACGUGUUGGAAGGCCUGCAUCUGGGCGAUUUAGCCCAAUCUUUUUCUAAAAUGGGAAUGUUUCCAGUUUUUGAUGUUGCUUAUUACAUCGUAUCCAUACUCUACCUCAAGUAUGAACCAGGUUCAGUGGAGGUGUCUCGCAGGAGCCCUGUGGUCUCUUGGCUCUGUGCUAUGCUCUACUGCUUUGGUAGCUACAUCUUAGCCGACAUCAUGCUUGGAGGCUGUCCCCUCGACUACUUCCAACACAACAGUCACAUCCUUCUUGCCUCAUUUGUCUGGUACCUCAUCUUUUACUGCCCAUUGAACCUCUUUUACAAAUGUGUGGCUUUCCUGCCUGUCAAACUGGUGUUGGUGGCACUGAAGGAAGUGGUUCGCACUCGUAAGAUUGCAGCAGGUGUGCACCAUGCCCAUCAUGCUUACCACCACGGCUGGAUCAUCAUGGUGAUUACAGGCUAUGUAAAAGGGUCAGGAGUGGCUCUCAUGUCAAAUUUUGAGCAACUGCUGCGUGGUGUGUGGAAGCCUGAAACCAAUGAAAUCCUGAACAUGUCAUUCCCUACUAAAGCCAGCCUGUAUGGAGCCAUUCUGUUCACACUGGAAGAGACAAACUUGCUUCCUGUGUCCAAGGCCACCCUUAUCUGUGCAUUCACUCUCUUCAUGGCUGGUUCCAAGGUGUUCAUGACAGCCCGCCAUUCCCAUGGCUCUCCCUUCGCCCUCAUCGAGUCCUGGGUCUGCUACCUGCUCUUUGGCUCCGCCCUGGGUGGCGCUGAGGAGGAUCACCACGCUCCGGCCCCUCCCCCUCCUUCCUCGCCAGUCAAAUCCAAGGAGGAGCUGAGUGAAGGCACCCGCAAGAGGAAGUCCAAGAAAGCAGAGUAGAGCUCCGAGUCUACUACUGGAAAAGGGGGCUCAGGUCCCCCCACACCAUCCACAAACUGCAUCUGAAGUCCCCACAUGGUCCAGCAAUCUUUUUAGAUAAGAUGGGGGUCUCCCAUUCCUUGCUGGGGAAAGGGGCCGUUUGACAUCCAUCAAACAAGGCCCUUUCUACUGAGGAAAAUGGUGCUUUUAUAUAUUACUUUGUAAGGGUAUUCUGUAAAUAGAUCACCAAUGUUUCAAACUUAAGAUUUCAACCCCCACCAGUACGUAUCUCAUUAUUUAUUUAUGUAUUUAUUUUUCCUCAAUAGAUAUCUGUUACCGGGUGCAACAGCAUGUGGUGAACAAUGUGAACAACUAGGAGUUACUUAAUUGCUUUAGGAAGGCCUCUGUUCAAAAAGUGCUUUUGCUUCCAGUAGUCAGUGGCUUUGGUUUAUACCCAUUAAAACUUGCGACAGUAUAACAUUAAGCACAAAAGGGCAAUCAGACAAUGCAAUGUGAAUCAAGCAAUAUAUGUGAAGGAACCAUAGCUGCUUUUUACAUGAAACUUUAUAGAAAUCAAAUCUUUUAAUAAAGGCGAAACAAAAUUG